CGUUCGAUUGAACUUAUUCCGAACGUCAUACGUGUUUCCCUAUUAAAAGUCAUUUCUUGUAGUUAAUUUGUAGAGUAAAAACGCAUUUCUAUUGUAUAAAAGGAUUGUGCAGGAAGGCAGACUUGUAAAAUGGCAAGGCUCACAAAAGUCUUCUUUAAUGCGGAGGAUGUAAAUUACGUCGGUCGUAGAAAUUUGCCUCUCGUAGCGGGCGAUAAGUUAAUGAUGCUAAUGGACCUGAACAGCAAAGGACUUGUAAUUGACAGCCCCCAAAUACGUGGUCGCGAGCUGGAAGAAUUUUCACGGAAAUUCCAUUUGCUGACGGAGGAUGAGCGCCAGCAAUCGCUUGAGAUUAACAGUGAUGAGUUUCUAUCUGUUCUGAAUCAGUGCGUCCAAUGUGUUGGUUGUCGUCGGCGGGUGGAACGUUUGUUCUAUCAAUUAACGGAAUCGGGGCAUCGGACGCUGGAUCCGCUGGAACUCCGACCAACUUGCACGCUUGGCAUUACGGAGGAGAAACUGAAAACACCGCAAGCGCUGGGCACGCUGCUCUAUCGCCAUCAUGAUGUGCUCAACAACCUGCUAGACAACAAGCUGCGAAACAAAACGCGUUGCAUUCUACACUCACUAGAAGCCUUCCGUGCCAAACCCUUCUCGGAGUCGUGGCGAGAGGUGUGGUCGGCCAUGAAGAACAAUUGUCGCAACGAGUUGACCAUAAUCGAGACCAAGGAGUUGCACGAUGUGCUUGACAACUACCUGAAGAAACAUAAGUUUUGCGCCGGCUGUCGCACAAAGAUCGAGCGCGCUUAUAAAAUACUCAUUGGCGAGGUCACCACCAAGGAAAAAGGAUACGCGGCACAUCUGUACGCGCACAUACGCAAGUGUGUGCCCGACCAGCACAUCCACGUGAGCACGAAUAAAGUCGAGUUCCUUGAUGCACUUAUUAAACGCGCCGAGCCGGAGGUGAAUGGCAGUUACUCAAAAUUGCGCGAACGCCAUGCCAAAACGCUUGAGAUUGCGCAGGAGGAGGUGCUGACAUGCGUCGGCAUGAUCAUGUACAAACGUUUGCAUCGCAUCUACGUGAGCCUGCGGGAGGAGGAGCGCGCCUGCCAAGUGCUGGCUGCCGUGGGCGUGCAUGCACUCUGUCGCAGCUUCGAUAUGUUUGUGGAGCAGAAGCAAGGCAUUAGCAAUUUGGAGCUGUUGUAUCAAGAGAUUAGUCGCGCGGAGAAGGCCAAGGAACUGAAGCGCGAGCAAAAGAAAUUAAAAAAGAAGAAGAAGAAGAGCGAAAAGAAGAAUCUGCAUCGCAUGUGCGAGAACAAUACCGAUGCUGACGCCGAUGCUGGUGCUGAAUCUGAUGAUGAAGACGAAGAGGAUGUGGAAAUCAAUGAUGUAAUCGAUGACGGCAUCGUCUGCGCCGAUGAGGAGGAAGGUGAGGAGAUCGAGUCUCCACCGACAGCACCAGCGCCAGCAAAUGAUGAAGAAGUACAAGUUCAAACAACGAAAUCGAAAUCGAAGAAGCAAUCGAAGAAAAAGAAGCAAAAGUCUGCCGCAAAGAAGGCCAAGAAGCUGGAACAGCUACUUUCGAAGUCGACGGAGCAGCAGCAACUGCAGCAACUCGACGAUGAACAUCUGGAUAUAGCCAGUUGCAUUUCCUCCAAUACUGCGCCAUUGUCAACCAUGUCACAACAUGAGGAACGUAAAUGCAACGACUGUCUGGAACCCAUACCCGAUUGCCCCUGCGAGCAGGAUGUACGCGAUUCGGGCUACGGCAGUGACCCCACUUCGAACGCCAAUUCGCGAACCUCCAGCGUCGUCUCUUGUUCGGAUGGUCUGUGCAAUCACGACACGCUGGAUGAGGAGCAAAGCGGCAUGGAAGUGGUGCCCUGCUAUGAGGAAUGCGAUUGGAACUUUGGGCAACUGUUUCAGUCUGAGCAUAAGCUCUCACUGCUGCAACUGAUGCACGAGUUUCACGAUCAAGACGAUGAAAAUUAUAACAUUCCCGAGGAGGUGGUGUUGGCCUUUAGAUACCAACACGAGCAGGUGCAGCAACAACGCGAACAACUACGCGCCAAGCUGCGUGCCAACUUCGAGCGAUUGUGCCUACAGCAUGGCGUGCGAACAGGAAUCAACUUCAAUUUUGUCACCGCCGCCUCCAAUGGCCAUUAAACGCAUUACACAGUUGUAACUUAGUAGCGCGUAGUGAUUUUUAAAAACCGCGCGCAUGCAUUCAAAUUACACAUACAAUUUUUUGUUUUUGAAAUAAAUGAAGUAUACAAGCUA